CAUACUUUCAUAUGUAUGUAUGUACAUACAUGUACAUACAUAUGUAUGAGACUUAUUGUGCUAUCCUCCUGAAUGGUGUUUUUUAAUGCACCGGUAAUUUGAUUAACAAAUAAAUCGUCAUUGAGUACCAAAAUCACAAUGGACAUAACGGAGGACGUUGAUGCUAUUUUAGCACAAUCGCCGGAUUGGAGCUUUGCUGGCGAUUGUGCUAUAUUGGAUUUAAUGAAACGUAUCUCUGAAAAUUUAUACAACUGCGUCGAACGCACAAACAGUGAUUUACGAGAAUUUGAUGCAGAAGUAAAACGCACGGAAAUUGCAUUGGACAAUGCAACUAACAGUCUUCGUUCCCUACAGUUCGGCCAGCAAUUUGUGGAAUACCGUAUUGAAACACUAGAUGAUGCAGAUUUCAAAAUGCCUGAGACAAAAAAGAAAUCCAAACACCCAGAUAUGAGCUGUGAACAGAUGCAAAAAGAGUUUCUUCAAAACAACGUUGAAAUGUUUCGAAAGCAUUUCGAACCAAUUACUCUUAAAGUACCUGACUCCGAUGAUGAAGAUGAUGGCGAUGCUUCCACCACCACAAUUUUUCGAAUAAAAAACCCAUACGACGACACACCCCUUCCUUAUAUUAUUGGAACCAAAGAAUGGCAUGAUCACAAAUAUGCGGGUAUUUAUGACAGUGCGGAAAGCAGCGACGAUGAGAAGACGGAGGAGUUCUCAUCCAGUUCAUCAGAUGAAGCGCAGCUGCCUACUAAACCGAAGGUACCUGCAACAGUUUAUAAGGAUCCUGAUGAGCCACCACUCUCAUCGAUAGCAAAAGAUCCAGUAAUUGUAUUGCCAAAAGCUCCAAUUAUCCCUUCUGUGCCGCCAAUGCCUGCUGGACAGCUGGGAGGUAAAACGGGUGCACGGCCCAAGACCCAACCGCGUCAAAUAAUUAGCAGCACUCGGAAUCAUCCCGAGCACGACCUAUUUGCUGCUCUGCGGCAGUCCCCGCCGAGCGAUGAUCCCCCAUCCACAUCAUCUACACCAACAUCCUCGCCAGCUAUUUCAAAAAGACCUGCACAGCGCAUUCUACAAACUGAUUCGUCCCUUAGUUCGAGCAGCAGUAGUGCAAGCAAACCAAAUAUAGUCCAGAGGGAGUCGCCGGCAAACAAGGAUGUCACCUCUACGUCUGUGCCGUGGACACCUGCAUACGCCGAAACUGAAGCGGUUAAUGAGAAACCAGUCAGUGCAAGUAAAAUCAAACGAAAGCCGGUUAAUCUAUUUAACGACGACGAUUUCAAUUCAUUAAUGUCGGAAAUCGCUGACAAGGCACAAUCAAAGGCAGAGAUCAGUGUUCCAGUACCUAAAGUGGGACCUACGCAGAAAGAAGAAAGGAGAACAAUAAUAAAAGAAAACAAUGAGCAAAAGCUUCAAGAGAAAAAACCCACUGCUACAGCACCUCUGCGCAAGACUGUGAACCUUUUCGAUGAUAGUCCACCACCUAGCCCGAGCCCAAUAGUGAAGGCUUCUACUGCUCCAACGGUGCAACCUCCUCCUGCGGGUCCAACAGUGAAACCCCCUCUUACGGGUCCUUCUAAAUUGAUCUCAACAUCGCUAUUUGAGGAUGAUCUUGAGGACGAGGACUUUUUAGACAGAUUAACAAAGUUCAAAAAGCCAAUUGAAAAGCAACCAAAAACUUUUCUCUUCGACGAUGAAGAUGAUGACCUAGAUAUUGAUGACAUUUUCCCCAAGAAAGCUGAGAGUAAGUCAAAGAUCACCAGUAAACCUAAUCCAACUAUCAAAACAUCGCUUUUCGAUGACGACAUGGAUGAUAAUAUGGAUAUUUUUGGGGAACAGAAAGCCGUUGUACCAAUAGAGCAAAAUAUCAAGAUUUCUAGUGAAACCGAUGACAAAACAACAAAAACUCAGGGAAGUUCCAAAACUGAGCUAAAAGGGAAACCUAACGUUAACACAUCGCUUUUUGAUGAUGACGAAGAUAAUGUCGAUUUGUUUGGAAGCAAGAAGCAAACAGUAAUACGUGGUAAUGCCAAAAUGUCCUUAAUAGAAGCUGACCCUCAGCAAAAGAGUUUCAUGGAAAGAAAGCAACCAAAGAAAUUGACACUUUUCGAUGAUGAAAAUGAUGAUGAUCUGGAUAUUUUCAGGGGGGCACCGCCGAAAAAAACGAUUAAGGGUCAUUCUGAGGAAAAAAUUGUACCGGAAUUGAAGAAAGACCUAUCACCUCAAAAGAGUACGCUUUUUGAGGAUAUCAUUAACGACUCUUUUAACGAUUUUUCCGGACACCCCAGUUCAAAAACAGAUGCUUUGUUCGCUGGCGGUGGCGACUUUAAACCAACUUCUACUGAAAAUAUGCAAGAUGAUCAAGAACAUCGAGCCUUUAAAGAUAAAGAACGUAUGAAAACCAACGAUCCAGAGUCCGCCCAAACUGAAGGUAAACCUGUUCUUUUAGAUGUCAGUGAAGAUGUGCAUGAAAUGUUCGCAGAACCGAACCAGAAAACGCAAGCUGUUAAUUCACCUUUUGACGGUGAUAAGUUAAGAGAAGGGUUUAGUAAUGAAUCUUUAAAAAAUAUAGCUUCUGAGGAUCAAAAAAGGGCAGAAAUUAAAAAACAAACUCAAACGGGAAAUAUUACGAAACAUGUAGAUGAGAUUAAAAAUUUGGAGAUUAAUCCGCCGUUUGCAUCCAAGGACGUAGGAAACCAAAUGGCUUUAGAGAGUGCAUCCCUAAUCGAACAAAGUAGCAAAGAUGAACAAAAAGUACUAAAUACAGACCAGCAAACUGCUGAAACAGCACACAAAUUUGAGGAGGGUUUACCUGAAGACCCGAUUAUAAGUAUGGUUGCCGAUGUAAGCAAUAAAAAAGAAAAUAUAACGCAUAGUCCUCCGAAGGCUUCGGAUGUAGCAGCAGCACAACAAAUUAUGCAAAACUAUACUAGUCUGUUUUCAGACGAGCCACCCGAUGAUAACGAAUUCUUUUUAUCGUUGGGAAGUAAUAGCCUCAACAGCCUAAACGCAUCUAAGAUAUUUGAUACGGAGCACGAUUUCUUCGAGCCCACGUUACCAGACGUACCAAGCACUUCUAAAGCUGCGUCAGCCACUUCGGUAGAGCCACAAUCUGGCAGUGAAUAUAGUGGCAUGCGUUUAUUUAGCGAUGUACCUCCCGAUGAUGACCACGAUGACGGUUCAAAGCAAAAGGAGGAGAAUUAUUCCGGAAUGAAAACUGUCAUGGCACCAACAGGAACUCGUAUACAUACCAUUUUUUAUGAUGACUUCAGUGAAACAGCCAGAGCAAGCGAGCCAGAAACCAGUACGCAGCCCUCAUCCCUAUACGACAAUGAACCACCACCAGACUUUUUAAAUACUUCAUCAAAAGUGGCAAACGUUGUAGAUCAAAGCAAAGCUAAUGUUGAAGAGCAGAUUGCUGUUUCUGGGUUGCCAAUGAUAAGCAAACUGAAGAUGCCCAACAUCAACAUCAAUGUUCAGGCUCUGCUACCUGGAGCUGGUGGCCUGCCAAAACCCAAGAAAUCGCCAGCGGCGACAAAAGAACCAGAGGACAUUAUUAUUGCUAGUGAUAAAUCUGAACGCACUGAGCCUAGCCCCAGUAAUGAAAAUAUUCUGCAAAAUGUGACCAAAACUCGCGUCCGAGGACCGGCUCAUAGGCGUCCCUCGACUAGACGUGGGCGGCAAGACAAUUAUAGAAAAUCAUUGCUGGCAGAAGCUGAGCCAAAAGUAGUGGACGCUAUAACAGGGUCACUGCCGCCAGGGACUAAAGAAAUACGAAGUACUGUAAACAUUCCAAGCCAAACGGUAAAAGCACCAAUUCCUAAGACCUCAUUCUUAGAUACUGAUGACAGCGAUGAUGACAAUCCGCUAUUCGGUUCGGCAAAAGCACUGCCGGCUAGGCUGAUAAAUACAGAGCCACCACCAGCACCCACUAAAUUACCACCGGGGCCCACUAAACCACCACCACCGGCACGACUUUUUUCCGACAGCGAUGAAGAUGAUGACUUUUUCGCGAGCGUACCAGCUGUCCCCUCACGGGCAACUCAAACCGCUGCCCAAAAGGCUAGUAACAGCCUUUUCAGUGAUGAAGAUGAUGAUGAUGAUCUUUUCGGGAGUGUAGCAACAGGCGGAACCACAAGACAAAGGAAGUCUGCUAGUUCCCUUCAGAAAAAGAAAGUGGAAAGUGUUAAUAAGGUUGCUCAAAGUAAAACUUCUGUAGCAACUUCACCGGAUAACCCAUUGGCUGAUUUGCUUGGCCCUUAAACAUUUAAAAACGUGUAUUUUUAUUUCUACAUUAUUAUAUACAAUAAAUCAACUUUUUUUAAAAUAUAA